CUCUUUCCACAAUAUAAACGAAGAAUGAUCAAGACUUUGAAGAAAGAGCCCGGUAAAUAUGUGAGCAAAAUUCCUCUAGGAGGAAUUGAAUCACCUGAGACAAGCCUUCUCAUCAAAUGGUUAUAUUUCGAAGGAUAUCGAACAAAGAUUAAAGUCUGUGAUACUGUGAUGAUGUGUGUUUGUCAACAUGGGAACGUUGGAAGUUUGAACAUUCACAGAUGAAUAUAUGAAUGUAGAAUAGUUAAUAAAUAAACGGUAAUAAAUAAUUGGAGGCAUUCUCCAAGGUGACAGCCUGAGCCCUCUGCUAUUCAACGCAAUUAUGGAUUCGGUGAUCUUUAACAGGUUUCUAGGUCAGGGAUUUAUUCACAAAAUCAACUUUCUGUAAAAAAAGGCCAACUAGUUUCGACUUUAUUUCGAAGUCUUCAUCAGGGCUCUGAAAUGGAACAACAAGAACUACAAUCAAAUACAGAUGCACGAAAUUACAACAUUAAAAGUUAAAAUCUUAUUUUUAAAAUCUUUACAAACAUAUAAAUUCAGAAAGUGAGGAAACAUGUUAGCAAAAUAUCGUGUUUUGACUAGAGUUGUCGACUUACAUUUUCACUUCGUGUGGUUCCGUUGUCAAUAAUUAAAAUGUUGGAAAUGAUAACAACUGCUUGCAUAAAGGACUUUUUAAAAAACUGAGGUUAGCAUAUCAGUGAAUUGGAGAUAUCUAUCAUCCAUUGGAAAUUAAAUGUUCUUAAGAGACAAGCUAUUGAAUUGAAAUCUAAAUUAGCUAAUCAAUUACCUGAAGAAUUAAUGCAAGUAUUAAUCACAAAAAAUGAAAUACUUUUGUGACGAGAAUAUUCUAAAACAAAAAAUAAACAAAUUAAAAAAUUUUCAGACUUGAAAUCUGCCUCAUUUAAUUUUAGUGAUAAUGUGAAAAGUGAGGAAAAAUGGUUCGUGAAUUUGACAAAUAUAGAGUUCCCAGCAAAUAUCAAAUAUUUGCUUAGCUUAGGUGAUAAGUUCAAUUUGCCGUAUUCAAGUCCGAUACAUCCCUUAAAAGAAAUAAUUAUUGAUAUAGAAUAUAUCCUUUCCUCAUGUUAUGUUGAAGAUAACACCAACUUAGCACGCAAUUCUUUGAUCAAUACCAUCACUAAUUUUAUUAGAUCAAAAAACAACAACACAGACAAAUUAAAUAGCAUAUUGAUGAAGUAGACUAAGGAUUCAAAACAGUUCCUUAAAGCCAACGAAAAUAUAAUUCUUACUAAAGCGGAUAAAAGUAAAACAACUGUAGCCAUAUACAAGGAAGAAUACGACAAAAAAGCUUCAGAUAUUUUGAAUGAUAACCCAACCUACUGCCAACUUAAUGAUGAUCCAACCAAAACUAUUCAAUCUAAACUAAAUAAAAUUAUAUCAAAGUUAUACAAGGAUAAAAAGAUUGGAGAUAGCACUUACAAACUCUUGAAAUGUACUAAUGGUUUAUGUCCUAGGAUCUAUUUCUUCCUAAAAUUCAUAAGAUAAAUAACCCAUUAAGACCAAUUGUCUCAUACACCGAAAGCCCCUUAUAUAACCUUAGUAAAUAUUUAGCCCAACUUUUGAACCAUGCUUUUGAGAAGGACGAUAGAUACACGAGAAAUUCCUUCGAGUUGGUAGAAUAUUUGAAAACUGUCACAAUUCUAGACAACUACGUACUGAUUUCACUAGAUGUAGUGUCACUCUAUACUAAUGUUCCACUUGACUUGACAAUAGCAAUAAUAAUCAAAAAAAGUUGGGAAAAAAUUGAGCCUCAUACAACUUUAUCAAUUAAUGAUUUUUUACAACUCUUCACUUUUUGCAUCGAAAAUAGUUAUUUUGUGUUUAAUGACACAUAUUUCAAACAAAUCUUUGGACUGGGUAUGGGAAAUAAUUUGGCACCGGUUACAUCUGACAUAGUUAUGGUGGAGGUUCAGAAUUCAGCCAUUGAAAAAUUGAGUUUUGAGAUACCAUUUUUCAAGAGAUAUGUUGAUGAUAUUUUCACGUGUAUUCCUUUCGAUAAAAAGGAUGAAAUCCUUGCAGCAUUCAAUAGCAUUCAUCCCCGCUUAAAAUUCACUAUUGAAUUAGAAUCACGAGAUAAUACACUACCUUUUUUAGAUACAUUGUUGAUUAGACGAAAUAAUAGGAUAAUAACAGACUGGUACCAAAAACCAACAUUUUCCGGGAGAAUACUUAAUUUCAACUCAAAACACAAUAUGGCACAGAAAAUUAACAUCAUUAAUAAUUUAAAACAUAGAGCUCUCAAACUUUCUAACAACGAAUUUCACGAACAAAAUAUUAUUAAAAUAAAAUCAAUUCUGGAAAAAAAUAACUAUCCCGCUAAAUUCAUAAAUAAAAUUCUUAACAGAAAAGAACCUGAGCACCACAGACCACAAGAAGAAGUGGAAAACAAAAAGUAUUUCAAAGUAACUUACGUUGAAAAUCUAGGAGAGCAAAUCAAGAAUAUAUUCACCAAAUUAAACAUCAAUAUAGCAUUCAAAUCUGAUAAUACUAUAAAAAAAUUCUUCACAAAAACUAAGAGUGCAACCCCCCUAGAAUUACUCAGUAACAUAAUCUAUAAAAUAACUUGCAAAGACUGUCCAGCCACAUAUAUAGGACAAACUGGUCGGUACCUUAAGGACCGAAUUUCUGAACACAAAAGAGACUCCCUUAACAUCCUCAAUCCAUUGAAGAACAAAAAAGAAAAUAAUAAUGCAUUAGCGGAGCACGUAAGAAAUCUCCUUCAUUCAUUUAAUUUCGAUCCGGGCUCAGUAGGAAUAUUAGGUAGGCAGAUAAAUUUAAAGAAACGGUUAUUACAUGAGAUGAUAUCCAUAAAACAGGACAAAAAUUCCAUCCAUAAGAGAAAGGACAUAGAAAAUCUGAAUACCGCGUACUAUUAUUUAAUAGGAAAAAUGAAAGAUUGAUAGAAGUUGUUGUCCAACCAAGAUUAAACGCGCACACUCCAUAAACAACUGAUAUGCUAACCUCAGUUUUUUAAAAAGUCCUUUAUGCAAGCAGUUGUUAUCAUUUCCAACAUUUUAAUUAUUGACAACGGAACCACACAAAGUGAAAAUAGCCCUGAUGAAGACUUUGAAAUAAAGUCGAAACUAGUUGGCCUUUUUUACAGAAAGUUGGUUUUGUGAAUAAAUCCCUGACCUAGAAACCUGUUAAAGAUCACCGAAUUAAUAUACAUAGGUCUUAUCAUCAUUCAUCGCAAUUAUGGAUGAAUUGAUUGAGGCCGUAAAGAGAACUGGACUAGGAUAUCGUAUGGGAAGACACAAAAUAAGCAUAUUAUGCUAUGUCGACGACGCAGUACUUAUCGUGGUAUCAGAAGAUAACCUUCGAAGACUGUUACAGGUUUUCUAUAGAAGGGCGGAACAACUGAACAUGAAAAUCUUCAAGUAAAUGCCAAAAUCCUAGAAAAUGAUACAUGGCGCGAAACACGACUCGGUGCACAAUUGCGGUAAUUCCAUCCUAAUCGGUUGCUAGGAGACCUGAUCACGUGAUAGAUAUUGCUAAAACAGAAUUUUGUUCAGCGUGUGGCGUUUAUCGUAUCGUUCACAGUGCACACUCGUACCUCGUACUCGUGUUUUCACUAGUCAGGUGAGUAAUAUGGUGCAUUUCACCUUUUACCGUCUUAUCGACCUGGA